AUGAAAAAAGAUUUGAAUAUUUUUUAUUUAUUUAUUAAAAAGUAGGAGAUACCAAAAAUUGGUCUUCAAAUAAGAGUAUUAUUUUUAUUUAUCGAAGCCAAACUCUAAUAGAAUCUAUUGACAAAUUAAUAUGAAAGGUGCUUUCAAAGAAAUUAAAGUUUCAAAAGGAGAUCGUUUAAAAUCUUCUGAGCAGAUUGUUUAAAAUCUUCUUAGCAGAUUGUUUAAAAUCUUCUUAGCAGAUUGUCCAAAAGCCCUAAUUUGAAACACUGAAAAACUUAUCAUUUAAUUAAACAAGUAUUCUAUUUUUAUUAAUGAAGCUCAAUCUUGA